UCAGCCGAAGGUGACACGUUAAACGAAAUGGACAGGAUGUUUGGCUCCAACAACAAAUAGUUGCAGUUUUGUUAUUUAGUCUAGCAUCAAGCAACAACACCACCAAUGUAUCUAAACGGAGAGCAGCCAUAUGUGAGCUAUCUUAACGAUAGCUCUGCAGAUGGACCUGUUCUGCCGAUGGGACAUGGAUAUCCGGCAGAGUAUCAGCAUUUGGUGCAUGCCCAUUGGCGAGGAUUUCGGCAGGCUCCCAUUUACUAUCAAGCUGGCUUCUAUAUAGGCUUCAUUGUCCUUAUGAUUCUUAGCCUAUUCGGCAAUGGUCUAGUGCUCUGGAUAUUCUCAACAUCCAAAUCCCUGCGUACUCCUUCAAAUUUGCUUAUACUUAAUUUAGCUAUUUUUGAUCUCUUCAUGUGCACGAAUAUGCCGCACUAUUUGCUAAACGCAUCUGUUGGCUAUAUAGUGGGUGGUGACUUGGGCUGUGAUAUCUACGCCUUAAACGGUGGCAUCUCUGGCAUGGGAGCAUCAAUUACAAAUGCUUUUAUAGCCUUCGAUCGUUACAAGACCAUUUCGAAUCCCAUCGAUGGACGUUUGAGUUAUGGACAAAUUCUUUUGUGUAUUAUAUUUACCUGGCUAUGGGCCACACCCUUCUCGGUAUUGCCAUUCUUUCAGAUAUGGGGGCGUUAUCAGCCUGAGGGCUACUUGACCACUUGUUCGUUUGAUUACCUCACCAAUACGGAUGAUAAUCGGCUUUUCGUUCGCACCAUAUUUGUGUGGUCCUACGUCAUACCAAUGGUAAUGAUUCUUGUCUCAUAUUACAAGCUCUUCACACACGUACGGACUCAUGAACGCAUGUUGGCCGAACAGGCAAAGAAAAUGAAUGUGAAAUCCCUCUCGGCCAAUGCCAGUAAUGACAAUAUGAGUGUAGAGCUGCGUAUUGCCAAGGCGGCUCUUAUCAUCUAUAUGCUGUUUGUGUGUGCUUGGACACCGUAUUCGGUGGUGGCGUUGAUUGGUUGCUUUGGCGAACAGCAAAUGAUCACGCCCUUUAUCUCCAUGCUGCCGUGCUUGGCCUGCAAAUCGGUUUCGUGUCUGGAUCCCUGGGUAUAUGCCACAAGUCAUCCAAAAUAUCGUUUAGAAUUAGAACGACGAUUGCCAUGGUUGGGAAUCCGUGAGAAACAUCUUACUGGAAGUGGUUCCACAGCGGGGGCUGAGAGUGUGGCCAGUGUGAGCGGUGAUACUUUGGCAAUGAGUGUGCAAAACUAAUGAAGAUUAACGUUGCGAAUCUUUGACUAAGUUAUCAAUUAUAAAUAUAAAUUACUGCAAUGAACUAGAAAAAGUUCCAAAAAAAAUAAACCCAAAAAAAGUUGGCAUUGAAAAAGAA